UAGGUAUGUUCUUUCCCUUUUAAAUCCGAGAUACCUCCCUCUCUGUCUCUGUGCAGCCAUGAUCUCGCUGCAAUUGCUCACCAGUAACCCAAAUCCAUCUUCUUUCCAGACUUCCUCUCCUUUCAUCUUCACCUGUGUUCAACCGCUCAAAAGAAAAACCCUAAAACCCAACUUCAAGAACAGAACCCACUACAGCAAUGCCAUUCAAUCGGUUCUCCAGUGGAACAGGAAACCCGAAUUAGCGGGAGAGACUCCCCGUGUUGUCGUCAUCACCUCCGGCAAAGGUGGUGUUGGAAAAACUACCACCACCGCAAAUGUCGGCCUCUCCCUAGCUCGUCUUGGCUUCUCCGUCGUUGCCAUUGAUGCGGAUGUUGGUCUUCGCAAUCUCGACCUCCUUCUCGGCCUCGAGAACCGAGUUAAUUACACCGCCGUUGAGGUCCUCAAUGGUGAUUGCCGCCUUGACCAGGCGUUAGUCCGCGACAAGCGUUGGUCCAACUUCGAGCUCCUCUGUAUUUCGAAGGCUCGGACUAAGCUUCCUCUUGGGUUCGGCGGAAAGGCUCUUAUUUGGCUUGUUGAUGCCUUAAAAGGCCGCCAAGAAGGUUCCCCAGAUUUCAUUCUCAUUGACUGUCCUGCGGGCAUCGAUGCUGGGUUCAUUACUGCUAUCACUCCGGCCAAUGAGGCAGUUCUUGUCACCACUCCCGACAUUACCAGCUUGAGGGACGCUGACCGGGUAACGGGAUUGCUAGAAUGUGAUGGAAUCAAGGAUGUAAAGAUGAUUGUAAACCGGGUUCGGACGGAUUUGAUUAGAGGGGAGGAUAUGAUGUCAAUUCUCGAUGUUCAGGAAAUGUUGGGGUUGGCUCUGUUAGGCGUGAUUCCGGAGGAUUCUGAGGUGAUUCGGAGUACGAACAGAGGGUACCCACUUGUGCUGAAUAAGCCGCCGACAUUGGCUGGACUAGCUUUUGAGCAGGCGGCAUGGAGACUUGUUGAACAGGAUAGCAUGACGGCUGUCAUGGUUGAGGAGGAGCCCAAAAAGCGCGGAUUUUUCUCCUUCUUUGGAGGGUAGCAAACAGCAAUUGUACUCAUUGGAGCUGGUGCUCUCAAGUUCCGCAAGUUUUUUGGAUUUGUUGCUUCAAACGUAUGGCGGCUUUCUCGAGUGCAAGUAAUUUGCUUGGGUUUUUGGCAUCACCUACUUGUUUGAAGACAACAUUAAGUGAGACGCUGUGUACUACGAUUAGGUAAACUUUCUCUUACUUCGUUUUAGUGAGCCACCUCUGUUUGCUUCAUGGCUUGGGUGGUCUGGGGUUUAUGACUGAUUUGUGCAACUUCCUACCGAUCUCACCACACUUGUAUGUCAUUUCUUUUGAUUGAAUUUUUUUUUCCUGGUAUGGCAUGUAUAUAGAACAGUAAGAAAAUUUUCAGAGUAGUUUUCCAUCCAUUCGU